AUGCAGGAUGGUAAUGAUGUUAUACUGGAUUGGCUGAUGAAGAAAAGUCUGAUGUUUGUGCCGAACCCUGCCCUAGUGAUACCUGGUGAAAAAAACUUUGAUGCCUUUACCCAUCAAAGGAUGCAGCUAUCGUCUCCUGAUGACGUUUCCGAAAGUUUGGAGAAGAAUUUGGGAGCUACCUCUACCAGCUUAUUGGUGGAUCCCCCUUCUUCUGUUGCUGAAAUGAUGGUUAUCACUGAUGGGUACCAGUACGGUUAUCCCCAACAGUGUGUUCUUGAAAUAAUGAGAACUGAACAUUUCAACAAUACUCUGUACCAAUUCUUCAAGGCGAAGGCCGUCAAUCUUGAGGCAAAGCUUCGUCAUAGGGAAGAAGAGUUGAACGCUGCUGAAUUGAUUAUUGCUGCUAGGGACAAGGAGAUAUUGGAACUGAAGAACCGUCUGAAGUGGAAGGAUCAGCUCGGAGCCGAGAAGGAGAAUCUUUGUAUUGAGAUUGCAUUAGUUCGUAAUGAGUUGGAGAAAGCCCGUAAAGAUGCUUCGUCUUCUAAAGUGGUUGAUAUCCGAGAGUUGUCAUGGCUUCGGAAUGAGAGGACUCGCCAAGAUUAUCGAAUUAAGGAAUUAGUGGAGAAGAUCAAAAAAGAGGCUGACAAGUGGAACGCUCGGGCAGAUGAGCAUAAUAAAUUUAUGGCUCAUUAUCGACAGCAACAACAACUGGAGGUUGACAUGCAAAAUCGUUAUAAUGCCGAUCGCCAACAGUUCAACGAGACCCUAGAGAGGACCCAAAAAGGUCUAGACGAAUCUCGUGAGAGUAUUUAUCGUUUAGAAACCAAGAUAGCGAAUUUAGAAGAGGAGUUGCGUCAAGCUCGUUCAUCUCUUGACCCUGAGGUUCAGGAUUACAUACAACGUUUUGUUCGGGAGAGGGAAGAAGACGUAGCUGAGGCUUAUGCACUCAGCAAUGCUUUAGCGGCUUCUCGGGCUGAUGUCGCUCGUUUAGUGGAUUCCGAUAAAAGUCUUGAGAUUAUUAUGUAA